AUGGCGUCUGUUGCAUAUGUAGAAGAAACAUUACGUUCCACGAAAGAAAAGGCAAAUUUUCAGCGUUUAACACGACUGUUAAUGUACGGGGGUAUCCAACUUUUGAGAGAAAAUUUUGAUUCUUGCCAUCCUCCAGCUGAUCUCCCGCUGAAGCUAGCAGACCCUGCCAUACAAGCAAAGCUCAGGACCGCAAAGUUAUUACCACCAGAGUGGAGAAUCCUCUAUCCUUCGCCUGGAGUAUUUGGAAAGUCCUCUGAUUUCGAUAUCACGUUAACUUUUAGAUUGUUAAGAACAAUAUGCGGUCUUACCGCACCUUCAACUGGAUGGAACAGUCUGCCAGCUAACACAGAUCGUAGCAUUGAGGCGGAUUUGGUUCGGAUAAAGUUUUUCCGGAAUUCCGUAUAUGGUCACACUUCGAAAAUGGAAAUUACCGACUCCGAUUUCCUCAAACUCUGGACGGAGAUCAGGGAAGCUCUUUUGCGAAUUGCCGGAUCACUAAGUACUGCAAAGAAAGAUGAAUGGAAUAAACGGAUUGAAGAUUUGCUCCACGAUCCUUUAACUCCAGAAGCACAAAGAUACGCCGAAGAUCUGAAAGUAUGGUACGAAAAAGACCUCGAGGUGAAAUAUUCAGUAAUACAACUGGGAGAUAGGGUGGAUCAACUUCACUCCGAUAUGCAAGCCAUUCGACAGGACUCUACAGAUGUUAAGGAUCAGGUUCGACUGGUUGAUCUAAAACUUGACUACUAG